ACAGUACCGUAGCGAACGUCGCGUUGCACAGACGCGUCUGUGCGUAACGUUCACGGAUCACGAGACUCGCGUGUGAUAUCCGACAAAAAAGUUUCUCUUACAGUGUUGUUUUCAGUGAACGGUUGAAAAAAAAACUAUCAAAUGUGCGAUUCUAUUUAAGCAGGAAUGGAUGGAGAAAACCGGAUAAUUUUAAACGUAGGCGGCAUAAGAUACGAAACAUAUAAAGCGACUCUUAAAAAGAUCCCCGCGACGCGCCUCUCUCGGCUGACAGAGGCGCUCGCCAACUACGACCCGGUGCUCAACGAGUACUUCUUUGAUAGACACCCCGGGGUCUUCGCACAAGUCCUCAACUAUUACAGGACUGGAAAAUUACAUUACCCCACAAAUGUGUGCGGUCCUCUGUUUGAAGAGGAGCUGGAGUUCUGGGGGCUGGACUCCAACCAGGUGGAGCCCUGUUGCUGGUCUACAUACAGUAUUCAUAGAGACACUCAGAAUACCUUGGCGAUUUUGGAUAAACUGGACAUUGACAGUGAAAAACCUUCAGAGGAGGAAAUCGCUAGGUUAUUUGGGUAUGAAGAGGCCUAUUUGGCCGGAGAACUCGGCGUGUGGCAGAGGCUCAAGCCCAAGGUCUGGGCACUGUUUGAUGAACCUUCAAGCUCACCACCCGCAAAGGUGAUAUCGGCUAUGUCCGUCUUCUUCAUCUGCGUAUCGGUCCUUUCCUUCUGUCUGAAGACACAUCCCGACUUGCGGGUGCCAAGGCCGACGCUGGAGCCACCUGUGAACGGCUCUUGGAACUACACCUUCGUUGAAACUUCCCUGUGGCACGACGAUGACGGCCAGCCACAUGUGGCCUUCUUCUACAUAGAACUAGUUUGCAAUGUAUGGUUCACCAUCGAAUUGUUGGUGCGAUCUGUGGUAGCCCCGAAUAUAAUAGAGUUUGUGAAAUCCCCAGUGAACAUUAUAGACUUUAUAGCGACACUCAGUUUUUAUAUGGAUGUGGUGGUGGAAUUGACAGUUGUGAAACAGUAUGUGGAUAAAGCAGACAUAUUGGAAUUCAUAUCGAUAAUAAAGAUUCUAAGGCUAUUCAAGCUGACGAGGCACAGUCCAGGGUUGAAGAUAUUGGUGCACACCUUCAAGGCGUCAGCGAAGGAGCUGACGUUACUAGUGUUUUUUCUGGUGCUCGGCAUUGUGAUAUUCGCCAGUUUGGUGUACUACGCGGAGAAAUCGCAGGAUAACCCGGAAAAUCAAUUCAAGUCAAUCCCGUUGGGCCUCUGGUGGGCCAUCGUUACCAUGACGACGGUCGGCUACGGAGAUAUGGCACCUAAAACUUACCUGGGAAUGUUUGUAGGCGCACUCUGCGCGCUAGCAGGUGUGCUUACCAUCGCUUUGCCUGUUCCAGUCAUCGUGUCAAACUUCUCAAUGUUCUAUUCGCAUACACAGGCGCGGUCAAAACUGCCUAAGAAGAGGCGGCGCGUUCUACCCGUUGAACAACCACGAAGGAAACGCGAUGCCAGUGCCUCUAAUCGCCGCGUAAAUGCAGUAAAACAUCCCGUGGUAUUGAAGGAAUUGUCUCCUGGAAGUAAUAAAUUUGGUGUCAACGGAAUGAAUAUGAUCAGCCUAGCACUUCAAGGGCCUCCAAAUCUACUACGGCCUCCAGCCACCGCAGCUCAGCCAUUACAAGCUAGAGCACCAAUCGUUGAGAGUCCAAUAGUCAACACGCAGUCCGGAGCCAUAUCCCUAGCGUCAUUACAACCACCACUGAUGACUGCCCCACCCCUGCAACCAAGGCCUGCAACCACCGGCUCCCUAGAUCUGAUGCUACCGUUGCAACCAAAACUGUUACCCGGAUACAACCUCCAGUCUUCAUUUCUAUCCAACACCCUUUCAACUGUACGACCACCAGAUUUACCCGAUAAGAAAGACAAUGAUAGUUUUAAGCCUAGAGUAGAAGUAAUAGUUGAAAGGAGAGAAUCAGUAUCUGAUAGCUCAACGCGUGAUAGUAAUGUAGGUAAUUCUGCAAGGAGUUGUGAAAAUAUAGAUAGGGUUUCCGAUCAAGUAAAUGUAUAUAGUGUAGAUGACAGUGACAAUCGCAGAGUAGUAAACGAUGCGUUCAGUGUAACAGAAUCUGAUUCUUACAAUGAUGAAAUUAAUUCUAACGUUAUUGAUUCGAAAACAGUUGAGACUUGUUUGGUGAGUAGUUCAAACGAUAAUAGCCCUAAUAAUAAUUCUUACUAAUUUGUUAUAUGUUGUAAACAAGUUCAACUGAAAUAUAUGUGACAUUCUUAAUGUGAAACCCCAAAUUAGAUUAUAGAAUGUCACUCAUUAAAACUUAUUUUUUCUUUAAGAUUCAAAUAAAUUCUGAUAUUUAAAACAUUAUGAUUUUAAUGUCUUUAAAUAAUGAUGGCAUAAAGAGUGAUAAAAAAAAUAUGUACACUACUGAUGUACAGAAAAUUAACUAAUCAUUCGAUAUUUUGACCAAAGGUAGAAUAGAAAGUAGUUUAUUUAUUGAAUUUUUUGUAUAUUUUGUAAAUUGAUUAUCAUAAAUGUAAAUAUGAUACCUUCACGAAAAAAUACCUGCAAUUGAAUGUGUAAGAUACUUUAUGUUUAUGAGUCAUGUUUUAAUUUAUAUAUCCAUAAAAAAUGUAUGUAAAAGUUAUCCAUAAUUUUGUAGACUCUGAUAGACCAACAAACUUUAAUCUUUGACACAACUCCCGCAAUCGACUC